AUGUAAAACAACAUACAUAAUUACUAUCCUUUUGAAGACGAAGAAGAAGAGAGAAAUUCAUGGAAUAAAACAAAGAAAAUGUUCAAUUAUGGUCAUUAUAGUUUGAAUUUCCACAAAUAAGAAAUUUACAUAAAGUAAUAGAAAAAAAUAUAUGAAACAAUAAAUUAUAAUAAAAUCGAGUAUCUCAGAUCAGAAGACAAAGAUCCUGAAAAUGAGUCAGGUUUAAAAAUGGUAUUAAUAAUAAGAAAAGGAAAAAGUAUGUUUUCAGAACAAUUAAAUAAUUCUUAUUUUGAUGAUAUUACAUUCUUGAUACUCUAUAAGAUUUAUCAAUAUCUUGAUUUAGAAUAUGAAUUAUAAGUCUUUAACAAGAGUUACAUAUUUUCUGAAGAUGAAAAUGAAAGAGAAUCUUGUUAUGUUCCAAUUUAAACAAAGAUUUAUUUGGAUAAUAAAAAUAAAAUCAGAGUUAAACCUGAUGAACUUUUCAUAUUAUAGAAGAUUUAAUCCAUUUAUGAGAAGAAAUUCAAUAAUAACAUUGCUUUAAUUUAUAGAUGUUAUAAGAAAUUAUAAUUAGAAUGGACAGAAAUGCAAGUUCUGUUCGAUAUUAGAAAAGAAUAAGAUAAAGGUACAGGAAUGUAUAAUAAUAAUAAUAACAAAACUUCUAAAUAAUUAUUAGAAGAAGAAGAAGAAUUCUAAAGAUAUUAAAUAGCAAAAGAAGAAAACUAUGAACUUUAUAAGACAAUAAAUCCAAAAAAAGUUCUCGCAUAAGAUGCAAUUAACAAUGCAGAAUUUUUGCAUUAAUAAAUAGAACCUGAAAUGUUAAAGGCAAGGAUAAGAAUCGAUAAUUAAGCAGCUAUUAAUGAUAGUAUCGAGAUUAAGGUUUCUAAAAGGGAUACAUUAUAUAUACCUUAUAAAAAUGACGAAAUUGAAGAAGAAACAUAAUCUUAAUGGCAGAUUGAACGUAAUGAGGAAAAAUUCUGCUAAAAAAUAGAAAAUACAAUUCUAUGUUUUAAAUCAAUAUCAAAAGAAAAAACAUUUAAAAAUGUUUAAAUUUUAGACAAAAAAGACUAGGAAACAAGAAAAAUUAUAGAUUUUUAACAUAUCAGAAACAAAUACGAAUUGCAUAAUCAUGUUUUUCAUCAAUAAUUCAUAGAAAUUGCAUCAGAAUUUUUUACAUUGGAGAAAAUUAAAAAUCCUUUCGAUAGGACAUAUUAUGAAAAAGUCUUGGAUAAUAUGAUUUCUCAAAUUCCAUUCCAGACUUUAACAGUGGAUAUUGAAAGUGCUAAUGAUCUGAUCGAUCAACAUCUCGUCGAAUAAUAAGCAAUAAGAUUUAAUUGGUUAGUAAAUUACAAUUUAGUACACAUUGCUAGCUACAACUACGGAGUUUAAGAAUCUAGUGGAAUAGUUUUAAAAUUUAAUACUUCUUAAAUUCCUGAAAAAAGCAAAUUAAGGGAAUCAAAUAAAUUCUGUAUCUAAUUAAAGAAAAUGAUAAUGUAGAAAUAAAAUAAAUUCUAAUAAUUAGCAAUAUAUUUUCAUUAGAAAAAUAUGAUGAAAUUUCAGGAUGUUUAGAAUUUUGAAUUUUAUUUUUCAUUUGCUUUGAUAGAAAAAUUCUUUCUUGUACCUGAUUUCCUAGGUAUUCCUCUAUUUGAAAGCGAAUUGUAAAUCUAAAAUUAUCAAGAUGCAUUAAUUAGAAUGUAAAAAAGCUACAUUAAAAACUUUGAUCCUGUUAAACAUGUAGAUUAUGAACCCUACAAAUCUAAUUUAGAAAUUGAUAUUGAAAGCUAUAGAUAAGCUUAGGAAUAAUAAAGAAUUCUGAUAAAUAAUAAAUUAAAUAAAUUCUGA